AUGCACGAACGUCGACAAAUUCCACUUGAUGUUGAACAUAGCGAACUUGUUCAGAACCUGAAGAAAAAAAUUCAAGAAAGGGAAGGAUUUUCCGUUGAUCAGCAAGUGCUUAUGUUUAAUGGGAGAGAAAUCAACGGGAGAUUGAAUCAUAGUGAAGUUGGAGACGGAUCAACUCUGCACUUGUAUUUCAAAAAAGUUCAAAUAUUUGUCAGAGAUUUUGAAGGCAGAUCACAUACGUUCGAAGUACAUCUGACCGACAAAGUUCAAGAUUUCAAAAAGCAAGUCGAAAGGAAAAUUGGUGUCACAGCAAGCCAGCAACGUUUAGAAUACGCUGGGCGGCAGCUAAUGGAUGGCCAAAGACUCCUAGAUAUGGCAUUCAACAAAAUUCAACAUUGGAGCUGA